AUGCCUAAAGUGUACAUAGCAUCGGUCAAUGCGCCGCAGGCACAUGCUCUGGAUAUCCUCGAUGUGGCGAUCACGAACAAAUACACCAUAACAGUAUCCAGCGACGGAUGCGCCAAUUAUUGGGAUAACUACCAGAAGGAGAAUCACAAUCCCUUUGACUUCGUUCUUAAAAAAUUUGUGCACAAAACGGGAAUUCACCAUGUGGCCGUAUAUGAGAAUGUGAUGCCGGAUUCAACUAUAAAGUUGGUGGUAGUAGCAUUUGUGUGUUUUGAUGGUUCUAUCGUAUUUCAUUACUAUACCAAUGAUGAUGCCAGCACUUUGCAAGUUUUGGAAAACCACCUGUUCAAGAAAGAUUAUUGGGCCCCAGCAUUCUAUAAGGAUCCCGUAUCGAAGCAAGACUACUUUGUAGUUACUCAGGCUACGGGUCCGACGUCCGUGAACUUUUUGAAUAUCACGAUUGGUAAAGAUAAUGCAGUAGAUAUCAAGUUUGAGAAAGCUGGCGAGUUGACCACUCAUAAAUCCGUAUUUCCCAACUCUUUGGCAGUGACUCGUUCCGACGACUUAUUAGCGGCUGUAGGAUAUGCCAAUGGCGAUGUAUACGUGUACGACUUGAAGCUUAUGAGGACUCUCUAUACUUUUCGGUCUACUGACCUUGUCGUCGAAACCAAAGGAGGAAACUCUGUUGCAAUGCCUCGAGUCUUGAAGUUUUCUAACGAUUCCAAGUUUUUGGCUGUAGCUAGAGACAACCAGGCGUCUGGAUCGAUAACAUUGUACGAUGUCAAGUUCGGUGAGUAUAUUGGAAACUUGACGUCGCAAAACAUAACCAUCAAUAAUGUUAUUGGAGGGUUUGCUCAUAGUGGCUGGAUUAUGGGGUUGAGUUUUGACGAGCACUCGACACUUUUGGCUAGUUGUGGCUUUGACAAGUGUGUGCGGAUUUGGAACCUCGAGUCAAGAGAAAGAGAAGCCACCAUCAACUUGACCUUGAGUGAUCUGGUAGAUACGCCCUUUGACGAGCAGUUCGACAAGUGUGUUGCUAGUGGUGUUGCUUUUAUCAAAAGUGGAAUUAGAGGUGGUCCCGGAAAAGACAACAACGAGAGUUUGUGUGUUAUUAGUUUUGACCGUGGAGUUAGAUGGUACAGAGAAGCGGGAGGAGUGUAA